UAAUCUGAUUAAGUAUGUGGAUGCUCGUAUGCAAAGCAGAGAAGUUGAUAUGUGGAAUGAUAGAGGAACAAGUAGAGUAUUUUCCCUAGUUUGUCCGAAUCUGUUCCUUACAUGAUCUGAUUCGUUCCUAUUCAUAUUUUAGCCAAUAUUGAAACAUAUGUCUCCAACAACCUAUUAAACUUAUUUUUUUCUGCAUACAAACUUUUCAAUUCUAUAUAUUACGUAUUCCAACGCUAGGUUUGUGCGGCACUGGCAGUAAUCAAUUCAUUAAAGUAUGUGUAUGCGAGACUCUUUCGUUCUUGGUAGUUUAUGCCAAGGCUGUAGCAGUAAAUUUCUUGCAAUAUCUAAAAAAUAGAAAUUAAUACAGAAAUCACGAAAUGUCAACCAUGGACGACGUUCUUGAAAGCUGGGAAGAAAUUGACGAAUCAGGAGCUCUCGACAAAAAGUUGGAUGCCCUCCAGUUAAAUGCAGUAGAAGCAUUAGAAGAAAUAGAAUCUUCUAGCUUCAAAACCAAUCAAAGUACAAAUACAAGAAUGAUAAUAUUGGGUGAAGAUGGCAUGAGAUCUCAAUAUGUUCCACCAAAACCAACAGUAAAAAUAUUAAAAAGACCAUCAAGAGAUUCCCAGGGUAGUGGUGAUGGUCCUUUAAUAAAUGGAGAUAAACCAAAACAUCCUAUUAAAACUCUAAAACAGAGGGAGCAAGAAUAUGCGGAAGCAAGAAAAAGAAUUUUAGGUGAAGAAAAAAGUCCAGAAGAAAAAUUAGAGCAAGAAAUAAAUAGAAUACAACCAAAGACAAUAACUGCUAGUAGUAGUGGUUUACCAUGUAAUGUCCUUCGCAUGCCUAUUGGACCAGAUGGAACACGAGGGUUUAAUGUACGCAGGUAGCGCGUCUUCCAGAGGUCAACUUUUUCCACCUAUCUUUUUCCUCUUCUUCCUUCUUGUUGGCAUGAGGAAGAGAGGCAGCUAUGAGGCUGAUAGCAGACAACAGCAUACUGUUUCUGCUCAAUUGCAAGCAUUAUGCUCCUGUCAUUUUGAAAGGAGCAUGGUAAGAGCUAUGCCCUACAGGCACUGCUUUACAUAGACUAUACUUACAAAAGGAUCAAGACUAAUAAAUCGGCAAAGAUAAGUUGCUAUAGAAAUGGUAAUAUUUCUUACCUACAUAAUACUAUGUUUUGUUGAUGUUUGUCAUAUUUUAAACACUUUUGAAUAACGAAAUUAAAAUCUACAAUUAUUGUAUGAAAAUGUUAAAAUGAAAUAUUUGACUUAUAAUAUGAUAUAAAGUGGGAAACUGUUUUACUUUCUACACUUGUAUCUGCUAUUCAAGUCUUUAAAACAAAUUGUCUAAUAAAAAAAUUUCUCUUACAUGAGUCUGUCAUGUAUUUUAAUAAUGAUCUAUUGUCAUAUUAAUUUGACUUUUCCAUAUUGUUUAAAUUGAAAACUUAUAGAAAGAUUUAUUAUACUUUUUUAAUUAAA